UUCACGUUGUCAAUAGUAGCCAAAACAUUCUCACGUGUGCGGUGUGGAUUUUUAUAAAUAUUAAUUAAACUUUUAAUGCAGCAAUAUGGGUAAACGUAAAUUCGAAAGCGAAAAAGAUAAAUCACCUAAAAAGCCUAAAAAGUCUGAUUCUGAAAGCAUUGAAAAUGGAACCGAUGAACAACCUCAAAACGAGGCGGGACUUGAUAAUAAACCUGCAUUUACAUCUAAAAAGGACGGUUUUGAUGUCAAAUAUUUUCGUAAAGAACUAUCAGCAAAACCAGGCCAGACUAUGGCUUUAACACAAUUUCUACAAGUCUGUCUAAAUCCCGACAGUUCUGCUGAAUACCUGCUAGAAUAUCUCAAGUGUGGUGGCAAUUCACAUGAAAUACUGCGACAGAUAACUGCAGAUAGUAAGAAAAAUCUGACUCUAGCCACCCCAGCAUUCCACAUCUUUCACCUUAUCAUCGUAAAGGUACAGUCUUCCCUUCCUCAUAUGAUAUCCAUCACAGAGGAGGCGUGCCGUUACUUCCUGAACACAUUCAUGUCUACUAUUGAGAUUAUGAUCAGUGAGAGUUCUGGUCCUCGACACAGGAAAGUAGUCCUUAAAUUGUUGACAUCUAUGGUCACAUUAAAUUCAGAUCUAGGAGUUGAAGUGCUCAAUCAGGCACCAUUAACUCCAAAACAUUUACAGCAUGUGGUUGAAAAGCCUAACUUCAAAGAAAAGGAUAACGUAAGGACAACAUUUGUUCACUUCAUGACAUCAUUCCUGAUAGAAGGCCACUUGCCAUUAAUCAAAGCUCUCCUAGAGAAGCAAGGCUUGCUGGCUCUUGUCAUACCCGGCUUGAUCAAUGAUGAACCAGAGGCUGUGUUGAUAUUUUUAAACAUUUUGAAAAAGAAUGUUGUAGAUAAUGCACUAAUUUCAAAAAGUCUCAAGUUAAAAACUUUCAGUCAUCAAGUUUUGCAUAAUCUCUUUAAAGUCUUCUCUUGGAAAGGUCCUCCAGAGUUAAGCCAAGAAGUAAGGAAUGAGUUACGUCCUGACAUAAUGAAUCUACUCAGUGAUAUACUGCUUACAUUAUUUACAUCCCACAAAACUGGUCUCUACUUCAUUGACAAUUCUCUAGGAACAGUUGAUGUGAAUAAAAAUCAGAAUCUGUAUAAAGCUCUGCUGAGCCUGAAGAGGCCAUGGGAGAAUGACAUUGAAUGUGAGGUUAUCUUGAAUGUCAUCUACAAGUGUCCUGACCUUCACCGAGCUGUAUGCAGUGUCAUAGAACAAAGCUUUGACCCUCAACAUUCUCCAAUAUGGGAAAGAACUAUAGAUUUUACAGUCAAGCUUUUAAAUAAAUUGAGACCAGAGGAUAUGGUGUCUAGAAUGACUCACCUAAAUCCUGUACAAAUUGCAAAUUUCAUCAGAUUUGUAACUUUACCAGUUCCUUUACUAAGGUUUAUUAAUGUCAGUUUAGGGAAGGAUCAAAUUGUGUCCCUGUAUUGUGUCAGAGUUCUUGUCAAGAUGUUGCAAUGUCUCAAGAGGUACUUACAGAUAUUGGAGAGCAAAGAAACACCACAGACUGCUGAUUUAAAAAACAAGUUGGAAUAUUUUAUCCCUAAACAUUUACCUACACCUGCUACUAUAGUAAUGUUAAUAGACAAUGUCACAUCUGGUAAAACAGAAGCAGAGAACACUAAAGACUAUAGACUUCCCAAAAUUAAUGAUACAGAUGCUCUCAUAUCCCUAGUUGAUCUCCUUCUACUGUACAAUGACAUCCAUCCAGCAUAUUUUGAAACUUUGGAAGGUAGUAUAGAUAUGAAGAAAAUAUUAGAUUUUUCAAAAACAUUGGAAACUGGUCACAUUGCUCUGUUGAAAUUUAAAAUUGUAUCUCUUUGGCUAAAAUUGGAUAGUACAGCAAUAUCAUUGAAGAACCCAAUGUUUAAGGAACUUUUCUUAAUAAUGUUAGACGUGUAUAUGAGUGAAGAGGACGACACGUGGAUCGAAGCUAAGGAUACUUUACGUAUUUACUUUAAAAAUACGGCAAUCUUUGAAGGCGAUGAAGACGAAAUACAUUUGAUAUUGUACACAUUAAGAAAUGCUAGAGUGAACCCAUCCACUUUGAUUAGCGACAUUGUAGAAUACAUUCUAGAAAACAUUACAGAUUUGACAGAGUAUGUGAGAAACCAGUUGGUGCACUUUGAAAUAUCUUCAGAAAAUACUGAAGAUAGUUUGAAGAAGCUGUUUAAUGACCUAAUGGAGAAUAAGACUACAGAAGAUAAUGUGUUUUUGGAAAGUAGAAUGCCUUCGCCAUUUAUUGUGGGUUGCAUGCAGUACUUGCAGUCAAACAAAGAUGCUAAGAAGAACCUUAAACAUUUUCUCUCACUUUACAUUGUUAAUUUACUUCAUUGCAAUUACUCGCCUGAGUUAACUGAAGUAUUAAUUGGAGAUUGUAAAUUAGAUGCCAGAAAUUACGUCGCGAGCUGGACAGGGCAACCAGUAGCUAUCUCCGACGCCAUUGUGGGCCAAGACAAUGUUCUGAAAACCAUAUCAAGUUCCAUAGUCGAUAGUGAAGAAGUUUCUUUAAAAGAAGUGUUCCCGUUUUUGGAAGAGGUUUCAGAUGACGGCGAUGUUGUAAUCAAUGAUAUUCAUUAUAGAUUCGUCUCUUCAAAAGUAGUGGACGAUUCGGAAAUGUUUAUGUGGGCAAAGUAUUUGAUAUUUUGUAUUGUGAGACUUACAAACAUUGGGCAGUUGAGUGAAGAGCAGCAGAAACGAAUAACUGACUACUUUCAGUGCAUUAUCGAAAUCGGUAAAAAACAGCUCUGUGUUGAUGUAUGUCGAACGAUAGUACUGACCUUAUUUAAAAACCCGCAGUUUCUUAAAAUAUACAAACCUCUCAACAUUGGCAAAGACUCAUCAAGUUUACAUGCAACCGAAUUUCUUCUACAAGUCCUGACAAAUAACACAGACAUUGUAAAUUAUUUAAAUAACAAACAUAAACUUUUAAAUACUUAUCAACAAAAGAAUUAUCACGAAAUCACUAAAGCUUUCAUCAAGAUUAAUAAAAGGAAGAAUGCAGACAGUCUGUACACAACACGCGUUUUAGAAAAAAUAGGAUUGUCUAAUGAAGAUGACAUCAAAUUAUUUAAUCUUAUAUUCAGCGUGGACACAGACGCUUGUUUGAGAGAUGACAAGGAACCCAGUUUAGUUCUAGAGUUGUUGAGAUAUUUGAUAGAGAAGUAUUCUGAAACAAUCAGUUUGGAGUUACAACCAAAUAUUUUAAAGAAAACCAUUUCCCUUUACACCGAUUUACUUUCGAACAAAGAGUGGAAUCCUAAUCUAACAAGUUUAGAGAACGCAUUAACGAAAUAUUUCGAAAACAAACCGCACCAAGCAUUGCGAGUGUCGGAAGAUGAUUUCAAAAAGUUCUUCUACUUCAAUAACUUGAGGAAGUCUACUGCGACCCUUGCAGCAGUAUUGUUGAAGUUUAACGUAAAAUUUUGCAACGUUUUUAAAGAUGAAAUCGUCCGUCCUGAGGUAUUAGCCCAACGAGAACUAACUUUACCUCUAGGUUCCGCAGUAAUCAACCACAAUCAGUUCUUGCUCGAUAACAAAGAAUUUUUAGCAACUAUAUUUAAUGAAUACAAAACUAAUAUUAUUAAAAUGGUCGAAAAACCUCACAAAGCUGGUCAAAUUUACGUGACGUGCUGGCAAUUUAUCAGAAAGUUGGUAAUCGAGUGUAUGGACGUCCAAGACUGUUUGAAGUUAUUUAAUAAAACCCAUAAAUUCGAAACAGUAGAGUGCAGUCAUGUUCAAAUAUUACAUAACAUAUUUUUGAAGAUAUGUGAAAAUAUUGCUAAGAAGGAACAUCUCCUAAACUACUUGUCGUGUAUGUUAAAUCUGGCGACUAUGGCUUUAAAGGAAAAUAAGAUAGAUGCUUUGAAUGAAAUUAUUACUUGUGUCCAUAGCAUUGUCCAAAUAUGUGGAAUUGUCGAAGGAUUAGAAACUGCCCAAAAGGAAGAUUUAAAAAAAAUUACCGAGGGUGCUAUAUGGCAGAACUUCUGUAAGGCAACGUUGAAAGAUUCUUUAAAAGUCAAAACGGCUGAUCAAGGUUAUACAAUCGGUCCAAAACUUCUCGCUUUACUAACAGGCCUAGUGAAACUUCUGUACCCAGACAACCACGACGAUAUAACGACUUUAUUUGACAUGGUGACAUCACAUUCAGAAUUCUUAAAUGUCAUGCUUAGUCUUUACAGCUCUGACAUCAAAUCUAGAUUGAUAGAGUUCCUAUACACGUUGAUAUUAAAGAACAAGUCUGUUAUGAAAACACAGCAUGUGCCCGUUUACCUAAGCGCAUACCACGCCACGAGAAGUCCGUGCGACAGGCUAAUUGUAGCCAUUUUACAUUUCUAUGAAACGAACGGUCAACCGGUCAACGAAUACAAACCUUACGUAUGGGGCGACUCUGCUGCUAAUUACUAUGCUGUCAAGAAGAACCGAUCAUCGUCACUGUGGUCCCACCCCACGCCGAAUCAAGUUCUCAAUCUAUUUGACAAAGAGAUUAUUGAAAGAACAGUUAGAAAAUUUCCAGUGUCACAAAAGUUUGAGUACCAUUAUGAAUUAAAUGCAAACAUAGGUGUGGCGCGUGAUGUAACAGAUUCAGUAAGGUCAGUGUUAAACGAGAUGAUGGAAGAUGGGGUGCUGAAGCCAGUAGUUACUAAAGAUGGUGAGGGUGCUGUGAGGAAUUUGGUUGUUAAAGGGAAGUAUGAAGGUGUAAUGUCUCAGUAUGCUGGAGGAGAUCUGCUACAUUCAUCGAACACAGACCAAGAUGAGGGGAUUUACGAUCCUAUGUUCGUGUUUCCCCUGCUGAGUCAUCUGCUGGCGCCGGGCUCGGUGGCGUCUUGCUUCAAGAUGCUGCGCAGUGGACUGCUGUCGGUGCCGGUGAUGGCGCUCAGCUCGCACUGCCCCAUGAUGCGGGCGGCCGCGUAUCACGUGCUCCACCGCUUCUGUAUGCUGCUGGAAACUGAAACACGACACAAAAACGACAAGCUGUUCCUGACGGACUUCAUUAGCACCUUGCGUCGUAGUCUCACAUCUGCCAUCACCAGCUCCGAACCGUUUGAGGGUCAGGACUUAAAGAAUCCGAAGCUUCCCGCCAUUGACGCUCUGUACCUCGCUCGGGCCCUCAUGGUCUCUACAGCGCCUUUCGACCCUCUAUACAAACCUGUCAACAACUUCCUGAUAGCCAAAAACUUUGUAGACUGUACUUUGGUACCUGAUUUUCUCAGCCUCUUCCACGACAGUGACGUGGAAGCUAUUGAACGGAGGCUUUGGAUACUUGAAAUCAUCAGAGAUGGAACUAAAACUAUGACAGACAUAGAUGUGGUAUUCAAAACAAUGUGCCUCAAAAUGAUCAUGGAUUUCUAUUCCUCGGUUUUAAGUGACAAGAAAGUAAAGGAAACAAUUUUGGGAGCACUGAGUUCCAUAGUAGCAGUGCCGAGAGCUUUCGAGAUACUGGUUGAAGGACAUGGUCUGCUGUCAUGGCUACAUUCAGUAGUGCGGCAGACAAGUGACAGGACGACUAUCAAAGCAAUAUUUAGGCUGAUCAACAACAUGAUAUACAGUAUGAAUAUUGCUGCACUCGCCAGGAAUAUAGCAGCUAAAAACGGGAAAGUAAACGAGUUCAUUGAAUUGAGAACCAACAAGGACGUAGAACAAGAAAUAUUAGUGAUACAUUAUGAUUUAUUGAAACAUCUAGAUGAUUUGGAAGUUGAAGAUGCGGCAUAUUACGUAAGAAUAUGUAGACUUAUGUCUAAGCGGAGUAUUAAAAGUUUAUCAAAGAAACAAAUGUUAAGUUUGGUGAAUAAAGUGGGUGUGUGGUUCAAGGAUAAUAAGGUUCAAGAAGUAACGAGGUUGUUAUCAAAAGCCUUGCUGGCUAGCGACGCUCUGGUGUUGAAAAGUCGGAACAUGGAGGUGAAUUUGGAUUGUGAAUAUAAAACAAGUUUAGUGAACACAUUGACAGAAGUUGUGCAGAUGUAUGUACUAUAAGAGAAAAAUAGGCUUGUUAUUAUUAUUAAUAUU